UACGGACCCAAUUUAGAUAGCAAGGCCGGCCAAUAAACAAAAUAAUGUUAUUGAAGUGCAAACGAGCGCAUAGAAAAUUUAUAGCCCAAUGAAUCACCAGAUACGGCCAUGUGAUUCAUCCCUUUCUUAUUUUUCUUUUCCUUUUGUAUAGCUUCAGACAAGCGGUGCAUGACGCACCAGAAAGUAGGGACAAAUAAAUAAACAAAUCUGUGACCCGCACGAUCCUCUGAAUAGAUCGUAUUACUCAUAGUGUAGCGCAGGCAUACAAGAUAGGAAAUCACGUGUUCAUUUGAGACCGUGAGCAGGCAGCAUAGACAGAUAAGGCGCCUGGAAUACACAAAGACAACAAGGCACCAGGCGAAAGAUUAUUGCUGGUAAUAAGCCUGGCCUCGCCCAUUAUCGAAUAUACGAAGGGCUAUAAACAAAAAUAACAUUUUAAGCCGACGAUGAGUAAUAAACUUUCUAAAUUGUACCCCUCUAGCGAGAGCGACAAAGGUCCGCAGAGAUAAGCGGGUAGUAAUAACAUGUAGGGAAAUAGCAGGCAGACAAUCGAUAUGGGCUCGGUUGUCUGAGAAGGAAAGAGAGAUCUCUUCUCUCCUUUAUAGUUUUAACGCCUAGGAAUGAAUUCUUGGGUAUAUAUACUGGGGAUUCUGGCCUAGGAAGUCAGUUCAAUUUCACAGUUCAAAUCAAACAGUUCAAUUUCACAGUUCAAAUCAAACAGUCCAAUUGUUGAGUCCAUUUCAAAAUUCAAAUCAAACAGUUCAAAUCAAACAGUUCAAAUCAGAAGUCUAACUCGUUAGUUCAAAAUCAAAGUUCGUAGUUCAAAGUUCAAUUCGUGAUCCGAAAAUCCACCAAGCGUUGACAACCAGGCGUCACGCAUCAGAAUCCGGAUACACCCAAGCGUUGGCAACCAGGCGCCACGCUAUAAAAGGUAUAACCAAAAGGAACAAAUCCCAAUCCGAAAAGCAGACCAUUUGCUUCGCUUCACCGGACCGCACUGGAGCCGGAAGAGGUUGAAGUUUUGUGGCUGCCCUAGCCGGGAUUUGUUCACGCAAAGGGGCUUAGCCCAUAAGAGACCAACCAAGUCCAGGGAAAUAGAUCCCUGGCUUUAAUAAAUUUAAACCGUGAUUCUCAGGCCUCAAUUGCCGACAUCUAGGGAAAUAAGUUCCCUAGAUUAAUCACGAAGCGCUCGAGAGAGGACGAGCGAAAAGUCUUGCCUUCAUAGCAAGCAUCUAGGGAACUCCAGUUCCUUAGAUUAUAUUUUGGUGGCUCCAGAGAGGAUCGAACUCACGACCUUCGCGUUAUCAGCACGAUCCCUCGCGCAAGAGGAGUAAAUCGGGAGGCUCAGAAUCACGCCUUUUUGAAAAGACUAAGAAGUCAAGAAUUGAAAUUUGAACUCUCGCGCCAGAGAGUGAAAUUGAACUCACGUGUAUUCAAACGGGAAUCACGUUGUAAGAGGAGAUAAGACUUGGAACUCAAGCACUCAUAGAAAUUGAUUUGAACACACGUGCAUUCAAAAGGGAAUCACGUUUAUAAGAAAGAGAUAAGACUUGAAAAUUUAAGCACUCAAAAAAGAUCUGAAUUGAACUCACGUGUAUUCAAGAAGGAAUCACGUUAAUUAAAAUGGCUACAUACGCAUAUAAAGCCAACCCUAAUGGGCACUGCCGUCUGUGUACGGACAAAGACAAGAAAGAGGACAUGGUCGCAUGCGAUGAAUGCGAUCGGUGGUUCCACAUUUCAUGUGUGGGACUCACAUACCUACCCAAGAAAGAUGAAAGGUGGGUAUGCCCUAAGUGCAUGAGCACAGAAAGGGAAAUGAUGGAACUGAAAGUCAAAGUCAGACAAUCAGUUUCCGGAGACAGCUUGCAAGAAAUUUUGCAAGAGAACAGAGCAGCAAUGGAGGCUCUGGUAAAGUCCAUGAGGACAACGAGAUUCGAAGCUGAACCAGGUACAAGUUCAGCACACAAUAAUGACAGCAUCGAAGGUCAAAAUCAGGAGGCAGAGCCAGAAUGGACUGUCUACCUAAAGCGACAAGCACUCAUGAGCUUGCCAAAAUAUGGAGGUGCGGCCAGAGAAUGGCCGAAAUUUAAAAAGGCCUUUGAUGAGACCACAAAACAAGGUCAAUUUAACAGGCUUGAAAAUUUGAAUCGCCUGCAAACAGUGCUGUACGGGAACGCAGAGAGGAGCGUCCGACAGUUAAUGAUGGAUCCAAAUAAUAUGGACCAAAUAAUUGAUAAACUAGAAGAUAAUUUCGGAAGACCCGAACUAGUCUAUAAAGAACUACUAGCCGAACUCACCAAUAUCAAAAGGGAGAGUCGGAAUUUGAUUACCGAGAUAUCCGAAGCACUGGAUAAUCUCGUCUGUAAUGUUUCUCUUAUGGAUAGAGAAGAAUUCCUGAUUGACCACCGAUUGGUGGAAGAGAUCAUAAGGAAAAUGCCCUACGGUCUACAGGUGAAGUGGACUGAAGAAAUGUACGACGGGGCAAAGACUUUAGCUGAUCUCAAUGAGUGGCUGAAGCCUCAUUCGAGAACCAAUAGACUGCUGAAUGGCACCAGCAGGCCGCAGCCGCGAGAAACAAGCAGACCGCAGCCGCGAGAAAUUAACAGAUCGCAGCCGCGAGACACGAGGCCUGAGCGUCGAUUUAACGUAAAUACGCAUCAGGAAAAUAGAUCGACAAUAAUAAAACGCAAUUGUGAAGCAUGUCGGGGAAACCACAAACUCCUCGAAUGCACCAGAUUUAAGGCUAUGAAGCCUGAAAAGCGAAAUGAAUUAGCCUUUAAGGCAAAGGUAUGCUUGAGCUGUCUCGCAUUUACAAACCAUAUGAUGCGAGACUGCAAAAGAGCAAAACAAUGUGGAAUUAAUGGAUGUAAGUUCAAACAUCAUCCAUUAAUUCAUAAAUCUCAUGAGAGAGAAUCAAGUGAUUCAAAUCAGUCGGAAGGACAGCAUAGUCCAGAUACACAAGCAGAUGGUGAGAUACACAAUCACCAACAACUAACAAAAUCCAACGUAUUCUACCAAAUAGUUCCUGUGACGUUGAAAAAUAAUGACAAAAUCAUCAACACGUUCGCUUUCUUGGAUGCGGGGUCAUCACUCUCUCUAAUAGACGAGGAGAUUGCGAACAAGUUAGGGCUCAACGGAAGAAUUGAUCCGUUAAUGCUAAAGUGGACGCAGAACGUCACGAGAAACGAACAAAACAGCCGUAGAGUUCAGGUACGAAUCAACGGCAACAAUGAAAAAGAAUACGUCAUGAAAGGAGUGAGAACGAUAAAGAAUCUCCAACUCCCAGAGCAAAGCUUCAACAAGGAGGUGAUGGAGAAAAGGUAUCCAUACCUCAAGAAUCUGCCGUUGAGCAGUUACAGCAGUAUACGCCCGACGAUAUUAAUUGGACUGAGUCACAGUCACUUGUUAAUUCCAUUCGAAAGGCGAAUGAGAAAACCGAACGAGCCCACAGCGCUACGAACCAAACUUGGAUGGUUCAUGUUCGGCAACAUAUCGUCCAAUGUGCAAGGCGGACACAUCAUGGUCAUUCAGCAAGAAGAUGAAAUGAACAAGGCUUUGCAGAAAUAUUUCUCCACCGAAGACUUCGGCGUUAAGGUAGUCAAGAAUCUACCAAAAUCAGCUGAAGAAGAAAAGGCUGAACAAAUUCUAAGAAGUACUAUGAAAUACAAGGAUGGUAGAUACGAAGUUGGACUUCUAUGGAAAGAUGAGGAAACGAAAUUUCCAAAUAGCUACAACAAUGCAGCAAAGAGGCUGACAACGAGUGAGAGAACGUUAAAAAAAGACCCAGAGUUGAAAAAAUGGGCAAUAGAAACAUUUGCGGAUUACGAGAAGAAAGGCUACAUCCGCAAACUGUCAGAGGAAGAAAUUAUGAAGCCGAUAUCAAGAGUGUAUUAUCUUCCACACUUUAUUGUGCACAACAAAAAUAAGUUGCCACCUAAACCAAGGUUGGUUUUCGAUGCGGCGGCAAAGACACAAGGUGUAUCGUUCAACACGGAACUGUUAUCAGGGCCGGAUGCUACUACGUCAUUGUUCGGUGUUUUAGUAAGAUUCCGAGAAGGAGCAAUUGCUGUAUGUGGAGACAUCAAAGAGAUGUUCCACCAAGUACGAAUCCGAGCUGAAGAUCAACACGCUCAGAGAUUCUUAUGGAGAGAUUGUGAUAGCAGUAAGAAACCUGAUGUAUACGUAAUGCAGGUGAUGACAUUCGGAUCAACCUGUUCACCGUCAUGUGCACAAGCGGUUAAAAACCACAACGCAGAAAAAUUCAGAAAAUAUUGUCCAGUGGCGACUGAAGCAAUCAUCAAGCAACACUACGUCGACGAUUAUUUGGAUAGUUUCGAAGAGCUUGAUAAGGCAGCAGAGAUAGUACUACAUGUUAUGAAAAUUCACGAUCACGCGGGUUUCCACAUCAGAAACUUUGUGUCAAACAGCAGAGAACUUCUGCAAAGUUUACCCUCGGAACGUGUACAAAUUUCCGGAAUCAAAAUGUUCGAAGAAAAGGAUUCAAUGACAGAAAAGGUACUUGGUGUAUAUUGGAACACCACGUCUGACACACUCGGCUAUCAAAUCAAAUUAGACAAGCUAGGAAGUGAUGUUACACAAAUGCUACGUUUACCAACAAAGAGAGAGGUACUAGCUUUCGUGAUGAGUGUCUACGAUCCACUUGGACUCAUCUCAAAUAUAACUGUGCAUGGAAGAAUCCUCAUGCAAAGGCUGCACAUAGAAAAUAUAGAUUGGGAUGACGAAAUUCCCGAGAAGUUGCAGUCAGACUGGCAACACUGGUUAGAAAUUAUUGAAUCUGCUGAUAGCGUAACGAUACCAAGAUACAUCCUCGAAGAAAGAACAGGUGAAGUAGAACUACACACCUUUGUAGAUGCUUCUGAGAAAGCAUUUUGUGCAUGUGUGUACGUAAGAAGUAUAUCUGGAAACACACCACACGUAAGACUUCUAUCAGCAAAGUCUAGAGUAGCACCAGUCAAACCAUUAAGCAUACCACGCCUAGAGCUACAAGCGGCCGUGUUAGGAAGCCGAUUAACCAAAACGAUAAUAGAUGAAACGAGGUUGAAAAUCGUCAGCAAAACAAUUUGGAGUGAUUCACAGACCGUAUUGUCAUGGAUCAAGAGUCCAAAACGAAGAAGCGUAUUUGUGAUGCAUCGAGUAGGUGAAAUCCUGGAAGAUAACAGGAAAAAUGAAUGGCGAUGGGUGCCAACAGAUGAAAAUCCAGCCGAUGAAGGCACAAAGGAAAAGCUAGGAAAAUCACAAUGGUUUGAGGGACCUGAUUUCCUAAAGCUCUCAGAAUCGUCAUGGCCUUCCAUUGAAGAGAAGGAAACAGACGAAGAGUUGAGAGAAACAGUGCUAGUUCACGAAGAACUAAGCAAACUUAGUUUCAUCGAUAAGUACAAGGAAUACUCAGAUUGGUGGAAAUUGGCGAAGAACCUUUGUGUAUUAAACAGGACAAAGGAAAGAUUACGUCGUGGAUAUAUUCCAGACAUUGAGUACAAGGACUACCAAAGAGCUGAGAACGUGCUCUAUAGAAAGAUGCAAUGGGAAGCAUUUCCAACAGAGAUGGAAACUUUAUUCAAUGGCGGAACAAUAUCGUCAGGACCAUUGGUCAGUUACGCACCCUUCCUAGACGAGGCAGGGGUAAUGAGAAGUGGAGGACGUUUGAAGAAAGCCAUGUCAGUACCAUGGACUACAAGAACGCCAAUAUUGCUCCCACAAAAGCAUCCAUAUACAUAUUUGAUCGUGAAAGCAACACACGAAAGAUAUUUCCACCACGGCGAAAACACCGUCAUAGCAGCAUUACGGCAGAAGUAUUGGAUACUGCAUAUAAGAACAGUAUUAGCAAACGUCAAGAAGAAUUGCAAUAGGUGCAAAAUACGACGUGCAACUCCGGUAGAGCCGAUGAUGGCAGAUUUACCACAUUUCCGCACAGAAGCGCAUAUACCUCCAUUUACAAACUGCGGAGUAGAUUACUUCGGACCUUUCGAAGUAGCGGUAAAGAGAUCGCUCGAGAAGAGAUGGGGCGUCAUAUUCACCUGUCUCUCAACAAGAGCAGUACAUAUUGAGAUGGCAGAAAAUCUCAGUACUGAUGCGUUCAUGGUCGUGUUAAGGAACUUCCAGAACCGAAGAGGAAAGGUCACCAGUAUCUACAGCGACAACGGAACGAACUUCGUUGGAGCAGAGCGAGAGUUAAAGUCGCUAGUCAAUGAAAUCAACGAGAAGAUGGGCAAAAAUGAAGCAGCAAAAAUGGAAAUCCAGUGGAGAUUCAACCCACCUUCAGCACCACAUUUUGGAGGCGCUUGGGAGAGAUUAAUAAGAAACGUCAAAGUAGCACUAGCAGAGAUCCUGAAAGUUUGGGGUAGGAGCAAGCCAUCAGCAGCAACGUUGCAAGCUGCAUUCAUCCAAGCGGAAUUUUUAGUCAACUCUCGACCGUUGACACACAUACCAGUCUCCUGCAUCGACGAUGAAGUGUUGACGCCAUUCCACGCGUUAAUAGGAAGAGCAGGAGAGUAUGCCCCACCGUAUGCACCAACGACCAGUCAGUAUGACACAGCGCAAUGGAGACGCAUUCAACAUUAUUCCAAGUUGUUUUGGAACCGAUGGAAGAAGGAGUACUUACCAACUCUGUUAAAGCGUAAUAAAAAUACGCAGAAAGUAGAACCGAUCAAAGUCAACGACAUCGUCUUAAUCACGGACGACGACGCACCACCAGGAAAAUGGCUUAAAGGACGAGUCAUCGAAACGUUUGUGGCGAGCGACGGGCAAGUUCGCCAAGCAAAGAUCCAAACCGCGAAAGGUGUCCUGAAACGACCGGCAGUUAAAAUUGCAGUACUGGACAUUAUCAAGGGAAAUGAUCCAGCCAUCAACUAAUCAGGAAGAAGACGUCAGUGCUCGCUACCAGAGCACCAAUAUCCGAAAGAUGCAGCCAACUGAUGUAAGCUCGCGUCAGAGCUAAGAUGUAUGAUCCAUGGACCAAGCAUUGAAGAGGACAUCCUUUGGAACCAGGCAACGUGCCGAAGAAUUGAAAUUUAAAAGUGUUUUUAAACUCUGUUAGAAUAUAAGGAUGAAUGUAAAAUAAAUGAUGCUCCGAAAACAUGUAAACAAAUAGAGAUAUAAGUAACACAGGUAGCAUAGGGUCCGUUCAGGAAUUUUAUAAAUCGAACAAGUAGAUUUAUCAGGGCCGGAAUGUUACGGACCCAAUUUAGAUAGCAAGGCCGGCCAAUAAACAAAAUAAUGUUAUUGAAGUGCAAACGAGCGCAUAGAAAAUUUAUAGCCCAAUGAAUCACCAGAUACGGCCAUGUGAUUCAUCCCUUUCUUAUUUUUCUUUUCCUUUUGUAUAGCUUCAGACAAGCGGUGCAUGACGCACCAGAAAGUAGGGACAAAUAAAUAAACAAAUCUGUGACCCGCACGAUCCUCUGAAUAGAUCGUAUUACUCAUAGUGUAGCGCAGGCAUACAAGAUAGGAAAUCACGUGUUCAUUUGAGACCGUGAGCAGGCAGCAUAGACAGAUAAGGCGCCUGGAAUACACAAAGACAACAAGGCACCAGGCGAAAGAUUAUUGCUGGUAAUAAGCCUGGCCUCGCCCAUUAUCGAAUAUACGAAGGGCUAUAAACAAAAAUAACAUUUUAAGCCGACGAUGAGUAAUAAACUUUCUAAAUUGUACCCCUCUAGCGAGAGCGACAAAGGUCCGCAGAGAUAAGCGGGUAGUAAUAACAUGUAGGGAAAUAGCAGGCAGACAAUCGAUAUGGGCUCGGUUGUCUGAGAAGGAAAGAGAGAUCUCUUCUCUCCUUUAUAGUUUUAACGCCUAGGAAUGAAUUCUUGGGUAUAUAUACUGGGGAUUCUGGCCUAGGAAGUCAGUUCAAUUUCACAGUUCAAAUCAAACAGUUCAAUUUCACAGUUCAAAUCAAACAGUCCAAUUGUUGAGUCCAUUUCAAAAUUCAAAUCAAACAGUUCAAAUCAAACAGUUCAAAUCAGAAGUCUAACUCGUUAGUUCAAAAUCAAAGUUCGUAGUUCAAAGUUCAAUUCGUGAUCCGAAAAUCCACCAAGCGUUGACAACCAGGCGUCACGCAUCAGAAUCCGGAUACACCCAAGCGUUGGCAACCAGGCGCCACGCUAUAAAAGAUAUCGGAAGCUGGAGUACUUAUCCUGCACAGAUGUGAUACAGGUUUGGGGAAUAUCGAAAUUCCAAAAAAAACAAAACAUGGGGAGCCAAACGUAUAGCAGAUUUAUGUUGCGCCAAGAAGCCGAGAGAGGUGUACAGUGGAAGUGACAAUACACAGGAAAUACUGGCAGAUUCUUAUAAAAUAAUUCUUAGUGUUGCCAGUGGAUCCGCCUUAGCAAAACAUCUUAGUGGAAGAUUCAUGAAUCCACUAAAACUGCAUCCGAACAGGGCACUGCAACUUGAUAGUGAAUGCGAAUACGAUAGCUAUUGCUCGACAAAACAACUGUCUGAAUGCUUGACGAGAAAAACCUGUUACAUUCAAACAGGACCUGUUCAGUUUGAUUCACAAUUGGAAGCAGAAUUUUUCAAGAAGCACGUAGAGGUCAACUUGGAUAAAUCCAUCGCUAUAGCGUUUGCCACAAAGAAACAAAAUACGAACGAAUGGAAAAUUGAACGAUCAGUUAGAAUAACUGCCAGCAACUGUUACUCGUUGUUCACCUACAUGAAAAACAAAUCCCCAAACUGGGAUAAGAAAAUAAAUCAGUAUUGGAGCAUGCGGUCUUUGAACGUUACAUCCACUAGUGCCAAUCACCGACAUCAGGGAGGCGACUCCACCUGUUCCUACCUAUCAGACUCAACAACUCAUGAGCCGGGCCAACUUCUUUUACUUCCCUUUCGAAGGAAGACGUAACCAGAGAUUUUUCGCCUCAGAAAAUCCCAACGACGCCAGCUGGGAUUGAACCCAGGCCGAUCGGAUUGUGAGGCUGUUACGCUACAAAAGAAAAAGGAAUCCCCUGAUGAAACAAUGCGGACUGAUUAUUCACCCGAAGAAUCCUGGUUUGGAGCGUCGCCGGAUGGAAUAGAUGCUCUUGGGAAUGUCGCAACAUUUUUACACUAUGUUAAAAUCAUCAAUAUUUUUGCC